UCAAUCCGCACAUAAUUAGCCUAAUGAUUAGGCGGCAGAACCAUCCUGUUGUCAGGUUGAUCGUUUUGGCUGGUUGCUAGCGGGUGGCUUCCGGAUUUGUAGUGAUUCAUAGGCUCCAUCAAAAAGCUUUUGAAACGCCAGAUUCAGUAAGAUCAGGAAAGCUUAAAUCCGAGGAAGAUGCAGGAGGACGCGCGUUACCUCAAACGCAAAGUGACUGUGGAUGGGUUGGACGUCCAUCCCACGGAGAGGGCCCUUGUUGUCCACUACGAGGUGGAAGCAUCCAUUCUUGGAGAGGGCGGGGGUCACGUGGUAGGAGAACGCAAGGAGGGACAGAAAAUUAUCCGCAUGAAAAGCCUUUCUCCUAGUACAGAUGUGAGUGCUUUGGCAAAGAAAGUGCUGGAGGAGUGUAAGCUCAUCCCUGCUUACCGUCUGCACGAGGUGGAGCAGCUGCUCUACUACCUGCAGAACAGGAAAUCACCCUCAGUGGAGGCCAAAGUGGAAAAAAAAGAGAAAAGAACAGUGAAGCCCAAAGAACUGACGCCGUUUGAAGGCAUGGAGUUAAAUGAGGAGGCCUGUAUAACCAGGGUGGAUGAGUAUGUCGAGCUGCUCUAUGAAGACCUCCCAGAGAAGAUUCGAGGCUCGGCGCUCAUCCUGCAGCUCGCUCGCAACCCAGAUAAUCUGGAGGAGCUGCUGCGCAACGAAACAGCUCUUGGUGCUUUGGCCCGAGUACUGAGGGAGGACUGGAAGCAGAGUGUAGAUCUGGCUACCAUCAUCAUUUAUAUCUUCUUCUGCUUCUCCAGUUUCUCCCAGUUUCACGGAGUGGUGAGUCACUAUAAAAUAGGCGCCCUGUGUAUGACUGUUGUGGAACAUGAGCUGAAGAGACACGACGCGUGGCGCGAGGAGCUACGCAAGAAGAACAAGGCCUGUGAGUCGGCACCAGAGAAUGGUUCCCUAAGACGAGAACAGGACAAAGCUCUGCGAAAAUACCAAGGCCUUCUGGCUAAGCAGGAGCAGCUGCUGAGAGUGUCUCUUUACCUCUUGCUGAACCUCGCUGAGGAUACGAGGACAGAGUUUAAGAUGAGGAAUAAGAACAUUGUCGGCCUGCUGGUCAAAGUUCUGGACCGCGAUGACGAGGAGCUGCUGGUCCUGGUGGUUUCUUUCCUCAAGAAACUGUCCAUCUUUCUUGAGAACAAGAAUGACAUGGCUGAGGUGGAUACUGUGGAGCGGUUGGCUCGCCUGAUUCCCUGUGAACACGAAGACUUAUUAAACUUGACUCUGCGUCUGCUGCUCAACCUCUCCUUUGACUCUGGGCUCAGAGCCAAGAUGGUGGAAGCUGGCCUGUUACCUAAACUGAUUGCCUUGUUGGUGGACGAGAACAACCAGCAAGUGGUCUUGCGGAUCUUAUAUCACAUCAGUAUCGACGACCAGUUCAAGGGCAUGUUCGCUUACACCGACGGCAUACCUCAGCUAAUGCACAUGCUGUACGAGCAUGGUGAGGAAAUUGAACCUGAGCUGAUCUCUGUCUGCAUCAACCUGGCAGCAAACAAGAAGAACGCGCAGAUCAUGUGUGAAGGACAUGGAUUGAAGAUCAACAUGAAAAGAGCUCUGAAAAUGAAAAACUCCCUCCUCAUGAAGAUGAUCAGAAACAUCUCACAGCAUGAUGGACCAACCAAAGCACUGUUCAUAGACUACGUUGGUGACCUGGCAGCAGAGAUCCGGGUGGAUGAAGAAGAGGAGUGGGUUCUGGAGUGUUUGGGGACUCUGGCCAACCUCACCAUCCCUGACCUGGACUGGGAGUUGGUGCUCAAGGAGUAUAACCUUGUACCUUAUCUCAAGGACAGACUUAAACCAGGUUCAGCAGAGGAUGACCUCAUCCUGGAGGUGGUGAUAAUGAUUGGAACAGUUUCCAUCGAUGAUGCCUGUGCUGUUAUGUUGGCUAAAUCUGGCAUUAUCCCUGCGCUUAUCGAGCUACUGAAUGCCAAGCAGGAGGAUGAUGAGUUUGUAUGUCAGAUUGUCUACGUCUUCUAUCAGAUGGUGUUUCACCAAGCUACGCGAGACGUCAUCAUCAAAGACACCCAGGCUCCAGCUUACCUCAUCGAUCUGAUGCACGACAAGAACAGUGAGAUCAGAAAAGUGUGUGACAACACCCUCGAUAUUAUCGCUGAAUACGAUGAGGAGUGGGGGAGGAAGAUUCAGUCAGAAAAGUUCCGUUUUCACAACAACCAGUGGUUGGAGAUGGUCGAGAGUCGGCAAGCUGAUGAGUCCGAGCCUUAUCUCUACGAUAACGACAAUGACCGGACCGAUCUCUUCUACAGCGCAGCUUUAGAUGGAAUAACUCCAGGAGAUGGUUCAGUCAGCCCAGACUACUUCAGUGACUUGCAGCCUCAGAAUGGAGACUCGCACCAUUCAGGAGAUACAGGGGACGUCUUCGACCAGACCAGCUCCUCACCUGGACGACCGGCCACUGCCUACGGCUUCAGACCCGACGAGCACCCCUUUUAUCAAUACUGAUAGACACACAUCCAUCACAUUUUGAUAUAGUCUGCACGAUGUCAUCGUCUGAUUUAAAUUGUAAGAAAAAGGAACGACUUCAAGGACUUUAAGAACAUGGGUGAACGAUGCUCGUUUCUUUCUUUUUGCAGCCCUCCCAGGUGGUAAUGCCCCCCCCCAUUCUCUUAGUCUCCACCGCUGUUCUCCAGUUUUCUCCAUGCAUUUCAAAGACUGUAGCCAUCAUGUACCAAUUCAUACUGAAAAGGGCAAACCCAGUGUGAAAGCACCCCAAGAGAGGUUUGCUAUAAUUUGAAACUCACAAGACAAAACCACAACAGUAUUAUUUCCAACUACUGCAUUAUAAAACGUUUUUGACCCACAGACAUGUAAACACUUGAAUGCGGUGUCCAUGAAACGAGCCCAGCAGUGCGUCAUUGAGUCAGACAUGAAACAGCAGAAGAGCACAACCUCUGUGAUCACCGAUAACUUUGUGCACAGGACAAGAUCCAUUCCUUCAAUAACAGCAGCUGUGGUCCGGGACCGUUUUCCUCACGGCUCUUUAAAGAAGAGUCUGCAUUGGGUAAAACAUAAUGGCUCAUAAUGAUUCUGGUUGUAUCAGGAAACUGAAGUGGAAGUUUUUUGUUUUUUGUUGGUCAUCUUAAGUGGGAUGAUUUCAUGUUGCUGGAUAUCUGUUGUGUUGCCAGUGUCCUGCACAAGUUUUCGCUGUGUUUUAACGUGUGUGCUCGCAGCAAUCCAGGGUUACUAUCACAACACUAAUGAGGAAUAAAAAAGGCAGGAUUGUGACUAGAUGCUAAUUAUUAAUUCCUUCUUUGCUAAGGCGUUUUCCAUUGAGCAUGGCACUUAAUGCUCGCAGCUCCAUGUCUGAAUGUAUGAAUGUAAUCUUAAAGUACAUGGUGCCAUGUUAAUAUCAGGUGCCACUGAUCUAACCCUCAUAUGGAAAGGAUGGUCACACACGGUCUGUUUACAGAACACUGACCUUUACAUGCUGUAUUAGUUUUAGUCCUGUUUGCACAUAUGCACUUAAGUUUUGUUUUCAUAAGUUAUUGUUGAUCUCUGUAUGUUUUUUUUUUUUCUUUUUCAUGAUGCCUGGUUUUAUUGCUACUAUUAAAGCAAGUACUGGAGUAUAGAUGCUGUCCACUCCGCUGUCUUUAAUC